AUGUUUAGAUACCCGGAAGAUGAAUGGAGGCGCUUGGGUCGUUCUCAAAGACGAAGGAUAACAAGAAAAAGACAAAGACAAGAGCAAAGACAAAGGGAAAGACUCCACAGAUCAUAUGUACCAACAAGACGCCGCCGGGAUCGAUACGUUCCAACGGGAAAAAGACCCAUAAAUUCCAGAAAUUCAAUAGGAGAACAUUAUUCUUCCUCAUACACAAGACUUGGGGCUUUUCCUUCAACUCGCGACUUUGUUUCCGCUCCAUCAAUUGGACAUGGGACUUCUUCUUCCAUUAGAAAUGCUGGCAAUUCCCCAAAGAGUGCACAAGGACCCGCCUAUGUCCCAAGAGGAUCCCACCCAACCAGAAAUACAUACAGAGGUAGAUACAAGAAAUAUGAGCCUACCGUGGAGACUUCCCGUGUUCCAAUUCAGGAACAGUUUGGAGAUAGUAGCAGCAUAGAAGAGAAACAAGAGGCACUCAUAGAAAUCCCAUUCGAAACUUAUCAUUGGGACGAUAUUGCACUUGCAAGACUACCACAGAGUGACGUCUAUGAGCUGGACCUGGACUCUUCUUGUAAAAUUGAUUUUGAGAAUAUGGCGGUUGAUGAAGAAGAUUUCUUUUCCAUAAAUUUUGAUCCAUACAAUAUGAAACUAUGA